UGAAACGCUAUUGGCUUAGCGCGAAAUUUGAAAUGUAAGGGGAACGUUAGCGGCUCGGAGGACAACAACAAGUCUAAAUAUGCGAAUUUUUUAGAUAGCAAACAAUCAAACCAGAGGAAUUAAGUGCUACAAAAAAGUUUACUAUCGGUUUUCUUGGGAGAACUUUUUUUUUUUUUAACUUAAAGCGAAAUGGAUAUCGCCUCGUAUUUACAGCGUUUUGAAAACAGUUUGACCUCAUACACAGGUGACGACCCACUGGACGCCUGGAUCAAGUUUGUGGAGUACCUGGAGCAGAGGCUACCUGCAGAUGGUGGCAGAGGGAUGUUGCUGGUGUUUGAGCGUCUCAUCCAGAGAUUUUUGAAUGUCGAGCAAUACGCGAAUGACAUCAGAUAUGUGAACUACUGCAUCAAAUGUGCAAGUUAUUACGUGGACCCUGUUUCCCUGUACAGUCAGGUCUUCAGUAGGGGCGUCGGCACCAGGACAGCUGCCCUGUAUGUGGCCUGGGCUCAGCACUUUGAACAGAGAGGACUGCAUGAACAGGCUGAUGCAGUAUACCAGAAAGCGCUGGAGAACCAAGCUCAUCCAGCCAGCACUGUUCUCCAUGAAUACAAGCAGUUUCAGACCAGAACCAGAAGUGAGACGGCAGUGUCCGCAGGAAGUCGAAACCCUUUGCAGAACUCUAAUUUAACCAAUCAGGUGCCCCACAGAGAGCCUGUCACUCAGAACAAGAUGUCUGUGGACUGUCCCUCCAAACCACCUGCGAGUAAAUUCAUCGACAUAGUCUCUCGCUCUGAGACUUCCGGGACAAUUCCCACCAGUCAGGGCUCUGGCAUUCAGACCGUGUCCGAGUACACGGUAGAAGAUCUCGUCUGCGACGAAUCUGAGCUAUGCUUCGAAGAGGCCCGAGCUCAGAAUUACUUCCGCAAGCUCCGUGAGCAGGAGGAGAAAGACAAGACAGACUUCACGCUGACACCGAGCAAGUUUGAGGAUAGGAAUAAAUGGUUGCUGGAGAAAGUUUUCUGCGAUCUUGAAAUCAGACAGACUUCAUCUCAAAAGCUGCCUGCAGCAGAAACUGCUGCCGAUGUAAACCUGAGUCUUACCCAACCCUCCUUCAAGCAACCUCCGCCCUCAAACCGUCUGAGCAGCCGGCGCUCUCUUGGCUUGAGAUUAAACACCGAGCCGACCUUCAUCCAAGAGGCCACCGCCAGCAUUCCCGAACCUCCUCACCAGCAGAACAUUGACACGCUAAGUUCGGUGGCAUCCCAUCAUCCCUCUGUCCCAGCUGAGCGGGAUGUGGGUUUGCAUGAGUCUGCAGAUCGGGAGCCGCUCCCCUGGGCCUCAGCGGUCCCACAUACGUCACUUCAUCAGCCUGUGAGCUUUGAGAGCACAGACAGGCUCCCACCCCCAGAGAACAAUGCAACGGAUGUGGGUCUGCCUGCAGAGGACAAGCUUGAUGUGUCGCAGGGAGCCACAGCUAACCUGUCUCACGUCACUCCUAAUAACUCGCUCGGCUUCGUUCAGGCCACGCCGUCGCGGGUGCUGCCAUCACCUACUGUCAACACACGAGAGGCGCUGGGCGUGAUCAUGGACAUGUUCCAGGCUCCGACCUUACUCGAGGAACCGUUCAGCAGCACAUCAGUCCUCCACGCUGCCGAGAAGGAGUCUGAAGCCGGAUUCUGGAUAGGCGCAGGAGGAGCCUCCUCAUUAUCUAAGCCUCCCACCACGACUCCAUUCACCAUCUUUCAGGAUGACGACAACAAAGAAAACGGCAGUGCCGCUGCUCCUGCUGAUGCCGAGAAGCCUAAAGGAGUCAGAGCUCUGGCUGAAAUCCCGGUGUCAAAGACAGACAAACCCAACGAGACUCCUUCAGAUCUGAUCCCAGAUGAGAGCACCAUGUGGGGAGCUCGCUACAACUCGCUCAACUCGCUCGCCGCCUGUCCCAACAGCACCACAGACUUCGCCAUGCUGGCUCAGUUCGUCUCCACGCCAUUCACUUGCAAAACCUUUAUUAGCAGCGACUUCCUCGAGGACCGAGAGAAUAAAAGUGAGGGGGAAGCUGAUGAAGAAGCUUACCUGAGGCGUCAGACCAAAAAGCUGAGCCCCAUCCUGGAGCAGAGUCCGACCGACGAAAGCACCGUCGGCCAGACGGUGCCCUCCUCUGCCAGGCAGGGCACCAUCGUGGGAGAGGAGUUUGCAGCGGCCCAGCACUGCCUUACUGCGUCCUCACUCACCAUGGUGCAGCCUCCUCCUCCCGGCGUGCUCUCCUUCAGGGACCAGACGCUCUGUCCUGUCGACUCCUCUAGGACAGCGGGGCCCGGCUGGGAGGUGUAUGCAAGCCCCGAGCAGCCACCCAAACAGGCCUCCUUCAUCUCAGGCAGACCCAUGAGCGAACCUUUUCAGAUCAUGGAGGACCUAGAGACCCCCAGCAGCCCCCAGCAAGCCCAGAAUCAGGUCUGUGACGUUCCCAUGAGCCCCGAGGGUGCUCUCAAACCAGACUGGCUAGCCAUCAGGAGCCCAGAGGCCAUGGCCGAGCCAGACCUGGAUGCCUUCCUGAGUCCCCAUCAGCCCAAGAAUCUGGACUUCCCCAUGAGUCCAGGGCACCCACAGCUCUGUGCUGACGUGCCCAUGAGCCCGACAUCAAUCAGCAGGGAGGAUGAACCCAUGAGUCCAGAGAGGGGGCUGAGGCUGAGCGCUGACAUCUCAAUGAACAGUGACACGCCGCAGAAAGCCCAGACGGGGGCAGUCCAGCUGAUGUCGGAUCCCUGGGACACCGAACUGAUCUCCAGCCUGCUGUCUGGACUCAGCCCGCCUCUCGCCACACAUCCGCGCUGCACCACCUGGCAGUGCAACAUACCGAACAUCACUCCAAAAAUGACCAUCAGCAUGGGAAAGGAGUCCCUCAGAGUGGACUGCGUUCUUGGAGAGGGAGCCUUUGCGACAGUUUACCAGGCCACGAACCCCGUGACCUUAGAGAAGACCGUUUUAAAGGUUCAGAAGCCGGCCAAUCCCUGGGAGUUUUACAUCAACACCCAGCUCGACGCUCGGGUGAGGCCCGACGUCCGUCACCUCUACAGCAGUAUGCACUCAGCUCACCUCUUCCAUAACGGGAGCGUGCUGCUCGGUGAGCUUCACAGCUACGGCACCCUGCUGAACGCUGUGAACAUGUACAGAACCCUCAGUGACAAAGUGAUGCCUCAGCCCCUCGUCAUGUACUUCACCGUCUGCAUCCUCCACAUGGUGGAGCUGCUGCACAGGAUCCACAUCAUCCACGCCGACAUCAAACCUGACAACUUCCUGCUGGGAGAGAGGUUCUUGGAGAACAAGCGUUUUGAUUCAGAGAGCACGGACCACGGCCUGGUCCUUGUCGACCUCGGGCAGAGCAUCGACAUGGAGCUCUUCCCAGCAGGCACUGCAUUCACUGCCAAGUGCCUGACGUCGGGCUUCCAGUGCACAGAGAUGCUGAGUGGAAAACCGUGGAACUACCAGACCGACUACUUUGGCAUUGCGGGGACCGUGUACUGCAUGCUGUUUGGGACGUACAUGCAGGUGACCAACGAAGGAGGCGUGUGGAAGACGAACGGCGUGUUUAGAAGAAACCCUCACAGCGACCUGUGGCUGGACUUGUUUCACACGCUGCUGAACAUUCCAGACUCUGGCUCGCUGCCGAGCCUGCGGAGCCUCCGCUGCCGGAUGAACACAGUUCUGCAGGAGAACUAUGGCAACAAACUACCCACGCUUAAGAGCCGGCUGGUGGUGCUGCUGCUGGAGAACCGCAAGACGGUGCGGAGAUAACGGAUGUGCCUCGCUCUGAAAAAAGGCUGCUGUUUAUCCUCCGUUUGCACUCGUUUAAGCGCACACUCUUUGACACAUCGGACUGUGAACGCAUCGCGGGAGGAGUGAAGCAUUUCAGCUCGUACAAAUGCAUAAAUGUAUAUUUCUCUUAGGUCACUUUUUAAAUUGAAUUUGUUCCCAUUUUGUGAAACAAUUUUAUUUUGUUGUUUUUUUUUUCCCCUGGAAAAAACAAUAAACGAUAGUCUGUU